AUGCGCUUCACACUCCCGAUCCUCCUAUUCUCGCUAACCGCAUCCUCUCUCCCCGAACCCCCCUCCUCCUCCCACCACAAGUCCAACACCGCACACAAGAAAAGCAGCAGCAAGCCCAAACCCAACUCCCAGCACCAACCCAAGUACUUCCACGAAGCAGGCGGCACGCUCGAGCUGGGCCACUACGACGCGCGGUUCUUCCGGGGCGUGGUGCCGUACGCGGAGCACGGGCCGGCGCUGCAGCGGCUCAUCCGGUCGUGGCUCGCGACGACGCACGAGCUCGGCGUGGACACCUGGCUCGCGCACGGGACGCUGCUGGGCUGGUGGUGGAACGGCCGCGUGAUGCCCUGGGACUACGACCUCGACGUGCAGAUGCCGACGGCCACGCUAUCGUACCUAGGGCGCCAUUUCAACCGCACGCUGCACGAUUACCGAUUUAUCGUCGACGGUGGGGGAAGUGGUGGGGAGAAGAUAAUCGCAAGCGGGAAUAUCGAUAUUGACACUAGUAAUAAAGACGAGAACGGGGAUAGAAAUAGAGACAGCGGUAUAAACGACCAAGACAUCGUCCACAUCAACAAAACGUACCUCCUAGACGUAAACCCGCACCACACGGACCUGGCCCGCGGCAACGGCGCCAACAUCAUCGACGCGCGGUGGAUCGACACGGGGACGGGGCUUCGUCGACAUCACGGGGCUGGCGGAGCGGGACGCGGCGGGGGCCCCGGGCGUCUGGAGCUGCAAGAACGCGCACCGUUCGAGGGCGUGCCUGCCCGCGUGCCCUACGCGUUCGAUAAGAUUCUUACCGACGAGUAUGGCGCUAAGAGUCUUGUUAAUACGGAGUGGGCUGGACAUCGCUGGGUGCCGGAGCUUAAGGAGUGGGUUAAAAACCCGGAGCCGCGGCCGGGUGACAAGGAGAAGGUUGCGAAGCAGCAGCAGGAUGGGAAGGCUGUGGUGGUGGUUGUGGAGAAGACGGUUGUAAAGGGGGCUCAAUAA